ACAACAUCACCAUGUGCAACAGGAAGAUAACAGUCGUCCAUCUCGCUGUCGGGGAACUCCAUGGACUCAAAACGAACAUCAGUUGUUUCUUAUGGGAUUAAACAAAUUUGAAAGAGGAGAUUGGAAGAGCAUUUCAAGAUACUACGUUGUUUCAAAGACACCGACUCAAGUAGCUAGUCAUGCUCAAAAGUACUUCUCUCGUCAAGAUAGUAAGACUCCAGUAGAGCGUCGUCGUCCUAGCAUCAAUGACAUUCGAACUGUCAGCCUUAAUCUCAUGAAAACACCAACACCAACUACGAUGACUAUUCAUCAGAACAGUAAUAACAGAUUUGCUUAUAACAACAUUCAUCAAGCCGACCCUUCAUCAGUGCAUUUUCAUCAUCCUAAUUACACCUUUGGCGGUGUAACUUUUAACAACAACUUCAAUGAAAAUCAUGGGAGAUCCCAUCUAGGUGAAGCAUCUGGCAGCAACUUAUUUGUUUUGGGGCAAAACAAUAACAACAACAACAACAAUCUAAAUAGACCAGUGUCUCCUCGCCCUUUUCUUUCGACGUACUUGUCUUCAAUUAGGGGGAAUAGGCCCUAAGUCUAACCACUAUUGGAUAUUUAGUUAGAGAUAUUUGUUGGAUGAAGUAAAGCAUGCUUGUAAUAAAUUAUGGUUGUGUAGCGGUAGUGAAUAUUGAGUUUUAUUGGUUUAAAGAUUGGAGAACUUUGAUUUUUCAGUAUGUUUUUGAGAUCUAAUGUAUGGGCCAGAGCACU